AUGCCACAGUGGGAGCCAGUACCACUGACUGACAUCCCAGGAGGAGGGUCACAAUGGAUUGAGGAGCCCGGUACGGGACGAGUCGCGCGAGGCAGCAAUCGUUCAUGGCUACAAAAACUGGCCAUAUUUUCGAAGCAUCGCGCGAAGACAAGCAAGGAUCGGUUCAUAGACUACUGGAAGGGAUGGCGAACCGGAAUUGCAUUCUGCAUCACCGUUUCUUCAGCGGUGCUUGCUCUGAACCUGGUUCUGGCAACUAUAGCCCAGCUCAACAAGACGCGAAAUCUGGCCGGCAUCGUAGUCGAAGACGGCCUUUCGACUUUUCAUGAAGGAAGCUGCCAAACAACGAAAACGAUUUCACUUGUUACGCAUUUAAUUAUCAACAUUCUGUCGACUCUUUUAUUGGGAUGCUCAAAUUACUGCAUGCAAAUAUUGGCAUCGCCUACCAGAGACGAAAUUGAUGCUGCUCACAGCAAACGACAAUGGCUACGAAUCGGCGUGCCAAAUUUCCAGAACCUCGCACACGUCGAUUGGCGGAGGUCAGUACUCUGUGUUCUGCUCGCUGUCACCUCGCUUCCGUUGCAUUUGCUGUGGAAUUCGGCCAUUGUCCAAACUGUCAGUUCGAACGACUUUUAUGUCGGUGGUGUAACAUCCAACUUUGAUUCUGGCAUCAAUGCCACCGUGGAUGGUCCUCUUUUUAUCGAGGGGUGGUAUACGGGAGAUCACCAGAACUUUAGCGAUGUCUGGCUCAAGGCCAUGAGCGGCCCAAAUGUCACUCGUCUUACGGCUUCUGAUUGCAUCACGGAAUAUGGUACGCCGAUGCUUCAAAAAUACAGCAAUGUCGCCCUUGUGUUCAACCUUGAGAACAAAACAAACACCUUGCUCUUUGCAGGGAUUCACACUACUGGUGCAGAUGAACAUGGCGAUAAUGGAACGAUCGGUGUUGGAGACACCUGGGUCUGUGGCUUUCCAUCUCCCUUUUCGACCGUGUGUGAGAUUUCAAGCCUCGCUGAAAACAACGGCUCAUACUGGACUCCAUUGUCCGCCGCCUCGGGCUGGAGGACCUUGGAAUCAAACCAGUACCUAGCAGAUAUCGCCAGUUCCAAUACCUCUGUCACGGGAUGUCUCGCAGAGACCGUCGACAGGCCAUGCCGUAUCGGAACCACACCCGCCAUACUUUAUGUGGUUGCUGCCGCCAAUGCCAUCAAGGUAUUCUGCUUCUUAUGCACAUGGGUUCUAACGUCUCACCAGCCACGGCGCGCAGGUGAGGAGCGCAUCGUCACAAAUGGAGAUUUGAUCGCAAGUUAUCUGCGCCAACCCGAUACUCGAUUCGCCGGGCGGUGUCUUGCAUCAGCUCGCCUCGUCCGGAAAGGCGGUAGGCAACAAGGCCACGACAUGACCGAGGCAGGCUUCUGGGAUUUCGGAACAGAAAUGCCUCUUCAGUGGCUUGGCGGACAAAGCCAACGGCAAAACAAAACAGUCGGAGAGUCCUCACCGUCACGAUUGCCGUCAUUGCCAUUCUUCAGGCGAAAACAGUCACAUCGGGGAAAGAGGGCGGUGGAGAAAGCACCACGCUGGCACACUGGCCCAUCUGGGGUGACAUGGUUGACAUACAUGCUACCGUCCGGCUUGUCCAUCAUUGCUCUCAUUGCCCUAUUCUUUGCUUUUGGCUUAGAUGGCUAUCUCUUCCUCGACUUUGGCCAGGCCUCCACCCAGGCCACAAUCUCGGUGGGUAAAGGAUCCGGACCGGGCGAGAGCUUGGGUGUCGUCAGGAGCACUCUAAUCGCCAACGUGCCACAAGUUGCCGUAACAUAUGUCUAUGUUGCGUGCAACUCGGUGCUGACGUCGAUGCUUGCUCAUCAUGAAAUUAGCUCCUACGCCGUACGUGAUCGCGGCCUCCGAGUCAGUUUCCCGAGACGACACACGGCACAACGUGGAACGUAUUUCUUGCAGUUGCCUUGGAAAUUUGCUAUUCCUCUCAUGACCAUAAGCACAGUUUUACACUGGUGUCUGUCGCAAAGCCUGUUUGUCCUUCGCGUCUCGGUCUAUAAACCAGACGGUCUCGAGGAUCUGGAUAAUCUGAUUUCAACUGUUGGAUACUCUUCUGGCCCAAUUUUGGCAUCGCUGGGUAUCUUGGCACUCUUUCUCUUGGGCGUCUGUGCGCUGGGUUGGUUCAAGAGGUAUGAAGGAGCAAAUUAUAUGCCAUUGGUUGCAAAUUGCAGCGCCUCCUUGGCUGCCGCAACCUGCCCUCCCCUACGUCAAGCUGGAUCGCCAGAUAUUGAGACUAGUCAUGAGAGACAGGCAGGAAAAUCAAAUGACCCGGGCUUAUAUUCAAAUAUGAGGUACAACGUCGAAACUGCCUACGACUCUCAGUUCUCAAUUGGGCAUGACUCGAAUUCAAGGGCCGAACGAUGCCUGGCGGAAGAAAAAUUGUUUUGGGGUGAAUUUUCUGUUCAUGAUGGCAAGGCUACGGAUGACGAGGUAUCGCAUGCUGGCUUUAGUGCAGGAGAAGUCGGCCGGAUCCAGAUUGGCCAUCUAUAUGCCUGA